CUGGUUUUCCCGGUUUCCGGUCCUUCGCUCUUCCUUUUCCGUUUGUUGGAGGCCUGUGUGGUGGAGCGCUAGAAUGCGUUACGUUGCUGCUUACCUGCUCGCUGCCCUCGGGGGCAAGGACAACCCCAGUGCCACUGACAUCAAGAAGAUCCUGGAGAGCGUUGGCAUUGAGGCUGAUGAGACUCGCAUGAACAAGGUCGUGUCAGAACUCAGUGGCAAGAAAGUUGAGGAUGUGAUUGCCCAAGGCUAUGGUAAACUGGCCAGCAUGCCUGCUGGUGGCGCUGUGGCUGUAGCCACCUCUGCUGCACCCGCCGCUGGAGGAGCUGCUGCACCUGCUGCAGCGGCUGAGGAGAAGAAGGAGGAGAAGAAAGAGGAGUCCGAGGAAUCCGAUGACGACAUGGGAUUCGGGCUGUUCGACUAAACAGUCUCAUUGGGACCAGAAUAAAGAAUUUGUUAAAAAAAU